UAGCGCAGUCAGUAACCCCAAGUAAGUGAGAGGGGAGUAUCGUCCUCACAAGUUAGCAAAUGUCUCUCGCUCGCCCGCUCGCUACCGCCGGAUUCCAUCGGAGUGACACCUCUGUUCGCUGAUCUUACGGCGGAGAGAACUUCUGAUCCCCAGACCCAAGGGCGAGGAUGUUCCUCCACGUGGGACCGCAGACUCUGCUUGUGCGCGCGCUCCUGGUCGCUGCCUGGGGCUUCCUGCUCUCGGCUCCUCGCGUCGUCAGCGGGCGCAGUGUCGUCCACACCAACGCCAUGUAUGACAAGAGCGUCCACGGGAAGCCUGUCAUCGUAUACGUGGAUGUAAAUUUUUUUGUGCACAAUAUCACCAAUAGCACUCUCUCUCUGGGCAAGGGCCUCAGUAGGGAGGCCGGGACCCUGGGCCUGUUCCCUGUGCCAAUGUGCCUGGAGGAUUACAACCCGUGUCCCUUCGGUAGGAACGGCAAGAGGCGGAAGAUGGCGUCCCGCAAAACUAAGCAGACCUUCGUUAUACACUUAAAUAAUAUGGAAACAAAUACAAUUGAAGUAGAGAAUUAUACUCUUGAGGUGGACUCCGAAUGCUAUUGCGAGUCAAAUGAGGAUAGCAGAGAGUUCAGUGUUGAGGCAGAUGUCUCACCGUAUUUCGAGGCUUCUCAUACAUCAGAGGGACCUUGCCCAUUAGUGUGUCCGUUAUUGAUAUUAACAUGUUUUAUUUUAUUAAAAAUGACAUCGCGAAUAUUUAGCAUACAGUGUGUGCAUUUUGUGCAAAGGACAUACAUUGGCUUCUGAAGGAGUCCCAAGCUGCGCAUUGCAGGAUUGGGUGGCUGGGACCACCCAUGCCAGGAGCAGCUUACUCUUCUGUACGUCCUCGAAAAGACGAUUCACCCUGGCCGAUGCGCAGUGCUGUCAAUCUGACGUUUACUUCCGUUGUCUUAUUUCUAUACAAGAACAAAGUUUGAGACUGUAUGUAGAUGAUUUUUUUUUCCGUGGAUUUUCCAUUCAACCCUUCGCUGUAUGAUAUUACAUUCAGUUUACAUGAAAUUUUAACUAAGAAUGCAAACACAAACUUUCUAUUCUAAGUUACAGAAACAAAGAAAAGUUUCAUUUAUGCUAUAUUCAGUGCAUGGGAAUAUAUAUUUCUCAAGCAUCAUGAAAAUUCGCCGAGGAAGUUUGUCCUCGAAAUGACAAUUCCACUCUGGCCGACAUAUUUCGCAGACUUUCUCAAAAAGACUAACUGAUGCCAAGUCGCAUGCUUAAGAUGCUCCCACGGUUCUGAUCUGUACAGACUGUACUACCAGGUCUUGUUCCAGUAUCGUUACUCCAACUUGAAGGUACCCUUCUUAAAACGAACAGUUUGGACGAUUGUCCUUGUGAGGGAGACUCUGAUAGCGGAUACACGUGUGCAUACAUAUCUGCCAUCGCCAUCGUAGAACAACAAAUUAGGUUUUAUCAUGAACCUUCAAUUAAAAAUAGUCAUUAGAAAUAUGAUUAUCCAAACAUAUAUCAAGGCGUCUUUGGUAGAUAAAGGAGAGUACCAACGUGUUGGAUUUUUUCCAAUGCUCGGGAAAGCAGUUCAGAGCUUGCUGUUUCACGUCAUCGCUUAAACUCCGCCCUUUUAGCCCGAAAACAAGUCUGAAAUUACUAGAGGCCCACUUCGUUUUUAUUGUUUUUAUUAUUUUCAAAAGAGAAACGUAGCUGUGCUUAUAUUUUACAUCGGGAAUUAUUCAAAUACAUUUCAAGGUCAUUCCAUACCCAGGGACCAAAUGAAUAAACCAGGAACAUAGAAAUCAUUUUCGUUUUAAUAAGUCAUUGAAAAUAUCUUGAAAAUUUUAUUGUGAAACACACAGUGUCUCAUUACUUCGAUUUUGCAUAUUGUCAAUAAAUGUGUGUAUAAAGUUUGAACAUGUAACAAUGUUUUGAUAGCAAUGGAAGUUAUAAAGCUUGAGAAAUUUCGUUAAGUGAAUGAAGUUGAACAUGCUCAUAUUAAAGCCGAUAAAAUAACAAAAAAUGUCAUUAAUAUAUUCGAGUAUAUGUCAUAACCAGGGUAAGACUUCUCUCUCCUCAUUGCGAGGAUGAAAACUGAUACAAUUUUACGAAAACAACACGGCAGCUCAAAAAAAAAAAAAGUGCUGACUAUUUAUUUACUUUAUGCUUCUUGUAUUUAUAUGUAUAUAGUUAAAAAGAAAUCUGUCUUUAAUUCCAUGCAAAGAUGCUCAUUUAAUAAAUUAUUAACUCUCUUGGGAUCCGAACGAGAGACACCGGCAGACGGAGAAGGGUGGGUGGAUGUGUGACAGAGAAUGAGAGGAGGGGAGGAAGAGAGUGAACGAUGUAGCAGACGGGACCAGUGACCUUACCUCGCUCCUCCCAUCCUUCCUCCAGCUGUUUCGGUCACUUCGGCAGCUGGGACGGUCACUACGUAUACCGAGGAGGACCUAAGCCUAGAGGAGUUCGUGACCAGAGCUCGACGCGGCAAGGUCGGCUUGGCCCUCCCCCUCCGGGCUAGCUGACCUGACCCAUGUCCCAGCAUACUGCUAUUACACAUAUUUAUAGACAUUGUCUCGUGUGUUCCAUACUGUGUGUCAACUCUUAGAAAUAAAGAGUGAAGCCGCUAACAAGUAUAACUACCCUCUGUUCACCAUUGUACUAAGGAUUAUAGCCUUUUACAAACUGUUGGCAAGGCGGGCGCUGUGUCCUUCCGGCUCGCAGCACGAACACCACCUCCAAAGAAGAAAAAAACGUUCGACCGUUCCCAAAGACAUGUCUAA